UUGAGGUAGGAAAGCUUAAUUUCAAAUGAGAUAGUUAUUUACAUAAUUUUUUCACGAUCGGUGACUUUUCACAUACAAUACUUUAUAUACACAAGCUGUCCCAUACACCACGUAGGCAGAGUCGAAUUUUGAGCUUGGGGUACCUGUGGUCAAAGUUUAGCUAGACUAUGAGUACGUUUCGUUUCGCGUCACGCACGACGGACUAACCGAAAGGGGGACUACUCGUAGUCUAACAGAAUGUUCGCUGCCAAAUUUCCUGGCAAACGGCUACCGUUUACGCGUCUUCCUCUCUUCUGUCCCAUUUCUUCCUUCGUGCAGGUGCGAUUUCAGCGAGCAGAAGAGGUCCAGUCAAGAUCAGAGGUCGAUCAUGACGAGCCGCUGCCCUUCGAUCAAAUACCAGGACCCCAUGGUAGAUAUGCAACAGCAGUUGAAUUUUAUCGUCAAAGUAAUGGUUUUAAAAAAUUCUACAAGAUACCUGAGAAACUGUUUAAGGUCUAUGGUCCAAUAUUUAAGCAGAACGCCACAGACAAGGUUCCUGUGGUCCAUGUUAUGGAGCCAGCUGACUUCGAGACUGUGUAUCGAGCUGAGGGAAAAUACCCGAACAGGCCACCUCUAGAUUUCUUAAUUGAACAUCGAAAAAGAAAUUCGCAACCCUGCGAAAUGGUCAUAUUAAAUGGUGAAGAGUGGAAGAAAAUUCGACAGGCUGUGGCUCCUAAAAUAAUGCGGCCAAAAGCUUUAGAGGAAAACAUUGACAACUUCAACAGUGUUGCAAAAGAUGCUAUAAAGCAACUGGCCAAAUUAAAAGGGUCUGGUGGACAAGAUGGAGAAGUUCCUGACUUGGAAAGAGAGCUACAGAAAUGGUCAACAGAAAGUGUGGGUACUCUGGUUCUUGAUGCUCGCAUUGGAUUGUAUGAUGACCCACCCAGUGAAGAAGGUGUGAGGCUCAUUCAAGGAGUGGAAGAUGUUGUGGAGUGCAUGCAGAUCCUAAUAUUCGGAUUUGUGGAGAAAAACCUGUUACCUUAUGUGGAUACCCCCUCAUUUAACAAAUUUUGCAAAGCAGUGGAUAGUAAUGAUGAGGUCUUGAGGAUUUUUAUUAAUAAGAAAAUUAAAGAACUUGAAGAUAUGGCCAAAAGAGAUGAUUUGCAAGAGAAUCAAACUGUUCCAUUAUUAACCUACCUGUUGGCUAAAAAAGAGUUGACGCUUGAAGAAGUCUUCAUGACUGCAGGAACUGUGAUUUCAGCAGGGGUUGAUACAACUUCUUACACAACAUUAUGGAUUUUGUACCAUCUGGCGAGAAAUCCUAUAGUCCAAGAAAAUCUCCACCAAGAAUUAUAUAGCAUUCUGGGAAAAGAUGGAAACGUGACAUCUGGAAACUUGGCAAAGUUGUCUUACCUGAAAGCUUGUGUCAAGGAAUCUGCAAGGAUAACACCAGUGGCUGCAGCAAUCAGGAGAAUACUGGAGAAAGAUGUUGUUUUAAGUGGAUUUUUAGUUCCUGCAGAGACUUUUAUUCAAGUUGACUUUUAUUCCACUGGAACCUCAGAAAAGCACUUCAAGAAUGCUUUAGAAUAUAAACCUGAGCGUUGGUUGCGAGAAAACAAGAAAGAGAUCCAUCCCUUUGCAAUCCUACCAUUUGGACAUGGGCCACGUAUGUGUGUUGGUAGCAGAAUGGCAGAGUUAGAAAUGUAUCUUCUGGUUGCCAAGCUAAUUCAACGAUUUCGUUUGGAGUAUCACCACGAACCACUGGAAAUGACUCAGAAACUUCUCGCAGUGCCUGAAAAACCCGUCAGAAUCAAGUUCGUAGAGAGAUACUAAGCGGAAUUUGAUUUCUUUAAACUCGUUUACUUUGAUGGAGGAAAAUAGUGUCACUUUCGCACUUAAACACAAUUUUAUUUGUAUCUCGUGUACUAAAAUAAAGUCUGUAAUAUAUACAAUGCAUUUUUAAACAUUAACUGGUUAGCAAGGCACCCAUGCAAAAUAACUAUAACUAGCUGGGUUAAAAAAUAACUAGCUGGGUUCUUAUUAAAUAAUACGAUUAUUAAAUUUUGUAGGUGAAACUAUGCAGAAAUAGCUUUUUAAAUAGGCAGGUAGGUAGAUGAGUAUCAAAAUAAAAGUAGUAACAUUAGUGGAUGAUGGGGUUGACGUCUUCAGCUUCUAGUCCAUCAAUGGAGAUUGCGUCAGUGACCUUGGUAUUACUGAGUGCAUGGCACCUUGGACGCAGAGUCCGGUGUACCCUGAGACCUGAUGUAGGCAGCUUCCGGCUAUUUUAGAUUUUCAGGCGCGGUUCUUUCUAAUGAUGUACCCACAUCAGUGAAAGAAGCCACGUCGCUUUCCAUUUUUAAGAAUUCUCUUAGUUUUCAUUUCCGCCAUUAGUUUUCUACCAGUAUAAUACUUAGAAUAUACUUUGAUUGUUCUCUUUUAUUGUAUUGAUCUAGAAAAUUUGUACUUCAUACAUAUGUAAUUUCCUUUUUAUUCAAUUUUCAAGCUCCUUGUGUAUAACUUUGAGGUAAUUUUUAAAUUCUGAAUUUUUUUUAUCAUGUAGUCUUAAUUUCACGCAGGGCCCUUUUUGAUACCAGCCUAUGGUGAUGGGGCUACCCUGCUUAAAUAAAGAUGACUUGACCUAGAGAGAAGGGCUAUGUCGUCUUCUACCUUAGGCUGGACCUUGUCGUGGUGUAGAAGCCUGUUUGGCUCAAUGAUCUUAAGAGCUGUGCUGAGCGGGGCGCAUGCUCCAUGGCAGGUUCAACCACGUCAGAGAGGUCUUGAGUGAGAGUCCUGACAAAGCAGUCCAGUAGUUUCUUGAUCUGAAAAUCAGAUUGGGCGGAGGAACAACCUCUUCCCACACAUAAUCAACCCGCUACAGAAACUACAACUAUACUGUAUACAUAUACAUAAGUUCUGAAGUUUUAUAGGCGUGCAACUUUCGAAGGUUCGCCACUUAAAAUAACACUGAAGUUAUUAAAAUAGAAACUUAGACUGUU